CGUGUACAUUUUAGUUUGAUGGUUCUUUGCCCAUUCAUGGCGUUAUAGAUGAAUAGAAUUUCUGACAGAAAUUCUGUCUCUAUGCCUGAAGGGGUUAAAUGAAGUCAGUGCCAGUGGGAGGAGAAGGAAGUUUAUUUUCCGUAAAGGUUUUUCUGUUGUUCAGUCGUUAAAUGAGGUCGCAAGUCAACUGAAGUCAGUAGAAUCGAAUAAAAGUGAGCCUCAUAUUACUGUGAGAUAUGGCCUCUUCCAUGACUACUGAGGCAAAUGGAGUGAGGGUAGUGACUCAUGUUAUCCCACUGGAGGAAAAAAUGGAGUCUCCGGAGGCGAGCUUGGUCAAACAAGAGAAGUCCAACCUGCCACCAAAAACAAGGAUGUUCCUGAAGGGGAAGCCUCUAUCACUGGGGUUGGUGCAGGUUUUUACUGGUUUGGUAAUCAUGACUCUGUGCACCGUCUCCCUACUUGUCGGCAUGCUACAUGCUGACUUUGUAGUCUUCCUUGGACUUCCUUUUUUCAUCUCUGGGUUCGUGGCAAUUGCUGCACACAAGAAAUCCAGUCUUGCUCUGAUCAAAGCCACUCUGGCCAUGAACGUGAUCUGUGUUCUGCUGGCUGCUGCAGGAACUGGAUAUUUCAGUUGGGAGCUCAGCAUCAGACCAGGGGAAGACCCUUGUAACGGCGGAGAUUAUUGGUCAAAUUGUUCAAAUAUGUUUAGGAGAUUUAAUAAUUUGAUGGAUGGAGUGAAGGGUCUUCUGCUGGUGCUGUCUUUUCUUCAACUGUGCAUGUGCAUCUCUCUGUCCAUCUUUUCCGGCCGGGCCAUCGUCCAGGAUGAAACUGAUGCCGAUCCCUAUGGCAGUAACUGCAGUCUCCUGAAGGUUGGGUUGGAUUGCCCCUCCAACCCCUGAAUGGCCAACACAGUUAUGGCCAAGGCUUAUCUAGCCAAAAGUUUAAUCAUCACAUAGGCUAAACUUAAUAACAUUUGCUUUCUUUCUUUUUGAUGGAAUUGUUUGAUAUAAUACGGCCAUUUUCCAUUAGAUGGUUUGUCAUUUUUGUGGUAUAUAUCUGGUAUAGACAUUUCUAUCCAGGAAUGUUCUGUGGGACCUAUAGCACCUUUCUUACUGACUUUAUGAAUAAAAUGCACUUUUUAUUUCAUUA